AAACAGAAGAGCUGUCAGUGGAGCAGUGGAUCCAGAAAUUCAGAUGGUCACGAUUAAAGGGAAGAUAUUUUUUUUUUAUGCAUACUUAAAGGACGUUUGUAUGAGAAACUGGUGCGAAUUCUAAUAAAGGUUUUACAGGGACAGCAGUGACACUGCCCUGCGAUGUUCACAGACAUGGACUAUGAAUUGGAGGAGGACAAACUGGGUAUACCAACAGUACCUGGUACUGUAUCUCUGAAGAAAGAUGCUAAUAACCUUAUUGGCAUCAGCAUUGGCGGUGGGGCACAGUACUGUCCUUGCCUCUACAUUGUCCAGGUCUUUGAUAACACCCCAGCAGCUCAGGAUGGGACGCUGGCAGCAGGUGAUGAAAUCACAGGUGUAAACGGGAAACCAGUAAAGGGAAAGACUAAAGUGGAAGUGGCCAAGAUGAUUCAAGCUGUCCAGGGAGAAGCAACAAUCCACUACAACAAACUGCAGGCAGACCCAAAACAGGGGAAGUCUCUGGAUAUAGUGCUGAAAAAAGUCAAACAUCGGCUGGUAGAGAAUAUGAGCUCAGGCACAGCAGAUGCUCUUGGACUCAGUAGAGCUAUUCUCUGCAAUGAUGGACUGGUCAAAAGACUGGAGGAGCUGGAGAAAACAGCAGAGCUCUACAAAGGGCUGAUGGAGCACACAAAGAGACUGCUCAGAGCUUUUUUUGAGCUCUCCCAGACUCACAGAGCAUUUGGCGAUGUUUUCUCUGUCAUCGGGGUUCGAGAGCCCCAGGCUGCAGCCAGCGAGGCAUUUGUAAAGUUUGCUGAUGCUCACCGCAACAUUGAGAAGUAUGGCAUUCAGCUACUAAAGACCAUCAAACCUAUGCUGCAUGACUUGAACACAUACCUUCACAAGGCCAUACCAGACACAAAGCUCACCAUCCGCAAGUACCUGGAUGUGAAGUUUGAGUAUCUGUCAUACUGCCUGAAGGUGAAGGAAAUGGAUGAUGAAGAAUACAGCAGCAUUGCCAUGGGAGAACCGCUGUAUCGUGUCAGCACUGGUAACUACGAGUACCGUCUGGUGCUACGGUGUCGGCAGGAGGCUCGGGCCCGCUUCGCCAAAAUGAGGAAGGAUGUUUUGGAGAAGAUAGAGCUGCUGGAUCAGAAACAUGUCCAGGACAUCGUGUUCCAGCUGCAGCGCUUUGUCUCAGGCAUGUCACAUUACUAUGACGAGUGCUACGCCGUUCUGAAGGAGGCCGAUGUCUUUCCCAUCGAAGUGGACCUCUCCCGCACCAUGAUCAACUACAGCAGCCAGUCGCUCUCCUACACCGAAGAUGAGGAAGAGGAGGAGCAGGACAGAGGAGGCAAAGUGGAAGGAGGAGGCAGCGCAGGCCGAACAGCAGAGAAUGGCGCUGAGAAACUAAUUGAUGAUGAAUGAGUGUGUGUGUGUUUGCACGCGCGUGUCUGUGGUGUUCUUGUGGAGAUGAAGCCCACCCCUCUGAUAUAACUGCACACACUAAUGUCACCACACUCACAGAGCAGCGACCGUUGGAGUGCAGUGUAGCUGUAAAGGGGAAUAGUUCUGAACAUUGCUGCUAUAGUGCUGUAUGCUGGUCCUUUGGCGUUUUCUUUGCUUUGCGGUUAUUUUAGCAUAUCACUGUACCAUAACAACUUUCUCCUAACUCUCAGCUUUCUCCUUAGAAAACAAGUUGUUGCUUUUGAAUAUGACUGAGUCUGUGAGAGACACAAAGAACAGAAGGCAACUUUAUUUUAAUUCAGAUGCUUUGUUUACGGGGUGUUCAUGCCCCAGAGCAGGAUCUAUAUGCAUAUGAGUGGUGCCUUCUUAGCUCGUCUGGGUCUGGGUUGUGUUUUACAGUGCAUACUGUUGAUUGUAAAAGUUAUAUCUUGACAUUUACAUUUUUAUUUCAGUUCUUUGCUACCAUCUUAUUGCAAUUUAGCUACCUAAAAUAUUAUUUUAUGGUAGAUACUAAGUGUCACUACAGAGAGAUUUUCUCAUCACCAUAAAAAACAACUGGGAAAUGAAACUGGUGGAUAAAUAUAUACCAAACGUGAAGAUGUUGUUGACAAUAGUGACUGAUGCAGACAUAAUUCUGUUCCUACAUUGUUUGUUGCAUGAAGCUGUUACACUCCUCUGUCCUGUUUUUUUCCUUCUUCUUCUUCUUAGCACACUUUAGUUGUUUAAAAAGGGAGAGCUGUGAAAAGCUUCAACACCAAAGCCUUUUUCAUUCGAUCUGUUUUAUCUGCUCAUACCACAUACAUUCAGGUUAUGAUGUGUUAUUUUCUUAACACUCAACUACACUGCUCACUUCCCCUCAACAGCAUGCUGCUUUUUUUUUUUUUUUUUGCGGCUGUGCCCUGACACACGCAGCCUCACAGAGCUUUACCAUGCUGUGGGAAUGGACUGAAGAAUGCAGACACUACAUGUAAAUAAGUAUCUACAAGAGAAAGGGUAUAAAAACUCCAGUGUUGUAAUUUUUCUUGUCAUUCCAACUUUAUUUAUUGUUCUUGUCAAAAUAUAUUUGAAAGUUUUAAAAAGAAAGAUUGAUUCUAUAUUGUAGUGACUCUAAUAAUUCAGUUAUGUUUUCUGUCAUUCAUUUUUGUCUUCUGAGGAUAAAGAUGAUUUUUCUCAUGGGAACACUUGUUUGAGGCUAUCACUUGGGGGCAGCAUCACAUCAGAUCACACUGUUCAGUAAUCAGCAACUGAGUGCACAUAAGUUCCUGUAUUGAAAUGAAAAAAAAAAACCAUUUUGUUUGUGUGUUGUUUUGUUUUUCUGAAUAACUGGAAUGUAAUUCAUCAAAGGGACCUACUGUAUUUUAUCUUUUGUUGCACAUGUUGGCUCAAAAACUACUUAUUUCAGUGAUUGUUUUGUACCACAAAUUAAUAAUGUUGAUAACAAUUUUACUCUUUUGACCUAUUUUAGCCGGAUACCGUUGUUGUCCUUGUUUCAACUGUGUUAACAUUUUGUUUGUUUCUUUUAACUGCAUUAUUUUAUUGGUGGAUGUAAGGUGAGGUGUCCAUGAAAAAUGUAAAAUGAUUGACCAAAUAAAGUAAAUAAAAUCUAA